CCUUGUUAGAUUCUAGUUGAGGAACUAGAACUAGAGAAGCAGUUCGGUGAAAAAGACAACGAAGUUGAGAGAUUUUCUGAAGGACAAAAUGAUUACCUUUGUCUUUUUGCUUCUCCUGGGAAUUCACAGCACUGCUGCUGUGACCCACUCCCUGAAGUAUUUCUACACGGCUUCGUCUAACGUCCAAAACUUCCCAGAGUUUGUAGCUGUUGGUUUGGUUGAUGAUGUUCAGAUAAUUCACUAUGACAACACCAAGAGAUGUGAGCCUAAACAGGACUGGAUGAAGAACAUCACUGAAGAUGGCUACUGGGAGAGACAGACUCAAUGGCUUUUUGGUACCCAGCAGCUCUUCAAAGCCAGUAUUGAAACUGCAAAGUCACGCUUCAACCAAACUGGAGGUGUCCACAUCUUCCAGAACAUGUACGGCUGUGAGUGGGAUGAUGAGACUGAAGAGGUUACUGGCUAUGACCAGUUUGGCUAUGAUGGGGAAGACUUUGUAUCAUUGAACAUAAAGACAAACGCAUGGAUCGCUCCAAAACAACAGGCUGUCAUUACUACAUAUAAAUGGAACAAUGACAGAGGUUUAAUGAAGAGCCAGAAGAACUACCUGACCCAGAUUUGUCCUGGGUGGCUGAAGAAGUAUGUCGACUAUGGGAGGAGCUCUCUGAUGAGAACAGCAGAUCUUCCAUCAGUCUCCUUCCUCAAGAAGUCUUCCUCGUCUCCAGUCAGCUGCCACGCUACAGGUUUCUACCCCAACAGAACAAAGAUGUUCUGGAGGAAAGAUGGAGAGGAGGUUCAUGAUGGUGUGGUCAAAGGAGAGAUCCUCCCUAACAAUGAUGGGACCUUCCAGAUGAGCGUUGACAUAGAUCUGUCAUCUGUUACACCUGAAGACUGGAACAAGUAUGAAUGUGUGUUUCAGCUCUCUGGAGUCAGAGAUGACGUCCAUAGACUGGAGAAAACAAAGAUCAGAACAGGGCAUGGUCCUUCAGAGUUCCCAACUGGGGCUGUUAUUGGUGGUGUUGGUGGACUCCUUCUUCUGGCAAGCAUCAUUGUGCUUGCCAUCUGGUAUAACAACAACAAUGGCUUUAAGCGGACAAAUAUUUCUGACACCUCAUCUUCUUCUUCAGAUGAUUUAUGUCCCUAGAAAAUCAACAGCAGAAGAUGGGGGCAAUCAGCUAAAUGCACAAAGAAGAAAACAGUCUUUAGCAAAGUCUGUUCUAGGGCUGGACGAUAAUUCAAUAAUAUUAUA